ACGACGACCACGACGACCGCUACUACUACUACGAACGUUCGUCGUUAUCCUCCUCUGAAAGGAUCAGUGACGAAGGCGCGUGCACCGCCAGCCAGAGUUUCAUUCUCGUAUCGUACAGUGUCGGAGAAAAACGUUUUCCUCCCCCAGUGUGUCGUGGUGUCGGGUGUAGUUGUGCGUGUGUGCGUGUGUGUGCGUUUGUUCGCGCACUAGCUCUGUCUGUCAGUGAAAAAUCAUUUCCACCACAUUUGUGCUUGUGCUCUGCUUUCGUUGCAGGUGUGAAAAGGUUGUGGUCCCUUUUGGUGAAACCGUGUUAUUUGAUGUGAAAGUUUGUGCUGGCCUCCCUCAGGUGCAUCCUCGGUUUGGAAAAAUCCUUCCCAUCGAUUCACAACACAUUUUCUCCCAGUAACGUCAUAUAAGGCUUUUUCCGAGGAACAUCGAACCAGUUAAGCCAGUUGACUGGCGUGUAGAAGAGCGACAACGAUAAAAGAAAAGCUUCAACUCUAACUACAAACGCAGAUUACAGAGCGAAGUAAAGUCCCUUGGAGACCCUUGCAGACCCUUGGAGCUAAAGAGCACAGACAAGCGACGCGAAUCCUAAGAAAUCGUAAGGUAGCUAAUUUGUCCUUCAGUAGUGUGUCACCAUCAUCAUUCCCUCGUAACGUGCCAUCAGUACACCAUUCAUCAGUCUUAGCGCACAAGAGUACUGUCGUUGGUGCUCGGUGAACAAAAAAAAACGCUCGCCAUCUAACGCGACGACAAAGUGUCAACGACAUUUCCAUCAGCAGGGCCAUCAGCAGCAUCCCAUACGGGCCGCCGGCUCUAUAAACACGACAUCAAGUAAUACUCGUGGCCAGAAAAACACACACACGCGUAAUCGCUCACAGCUAGCCAGCCGGGCUCUCACGUAGAAGUCACACAGACACAGACAGAGGCCCGGAAGUCAGCUAAAGCCGCCACUCGGGUGCGUAGCGUAGUUGUCUUCACUUUCGUUCCGUUCCGUUCAAUAUUAGCGCCAUAUCUGACGCUGGGUGCGGGCGAAUCUGCGCCCCGCCAAAGCAGGAUCCACAAGCCGGCACACUGUCUUUCGCAAGUUUCAAGAGUAGCUUUACCAGCAAUGUUAAUUUCCUGAAGCGCCGUGAUUUCAUUGGCAGAUUCAGCUCGGGAGACCUGUCUUCCGAGUGCGAGGAUGUCGAUCCGAAAGACCUGCCACCCGCAGCUCGCCCACAGCCCCCGCUUCAGCAGCAACCGAUGCCCGGCGGUCCGCCGAACAUUCCGCCACCGCCGGCCCCCGGUACGGCCGGUUCGGUAUCGCCGGGCGGUCCCGUACCGCCCGGUUCCGCACCACCGACCGGUGGUCCGGAGCUGUCGCUAAGCUUUGGCAAGGGUCCGGCCCAGCGUGGCACGAGCGCACCCUCGAGCCCGGCCAAAUCGCGUGAAAGUUUGCUGCAGCGCGUACAAAGCUUAACCGGGGCGGCCCGCGAUCAGGGUGCGUCCAUUAUAGGAGCGGCCGUUUCGACUGCUAGCCGGGUUCAGCCGUUCAAUCGGGACAAGUGCUUCACGCUGCUCGUCGUCGACGAUCAGAACACGGACUGGUCGAAGUAUUUCCGCGGCAAACGGCUGCACAGCGACUACGAUAUUCGUGUCGAGCAGGCCGAGUUUCGUGAGAUUAUGCUGACGGCCAGCGCCGACUCGGGACCGAUGGUUGGCUGCAACCGGGGCGGUUCGAAGCAGGCGAAACCGUUCCGUCCGGACUUUAUACUGGUGCGUCAGCCGCCGCGCGAUGGCUCGAAGGACUAUCGGUCGACGCUGCUCGGGUUGAAGUAUGGCGGUGUGCCGAGCAUCAACUCGCUGCACUCGCUGUACCAGUUCCAGGACAAACCGUGGGUAUUCGCUCAUCUGCUGCAACUUCAGCGCCGUCUCGGUCGCGAUGCGUUCCCACUGGUCGAGCAGACGUUCUUCCCGAACCCGAAAGACAUGUUCACCUGGACACGGUUCCCAUGCGUGCUGAAGGCAGGCCACUGUCACGGUGGCAAAGCUACCGCCAAGCUCGACAACCCCGGAGCGCUUCAAGAUGCGGCGGGCCUGCUGUGCGGUACCGGCCUGUCCGACAACGGGUCCUACUGUAGCCUGGAGCCGUACAUCGACGCCAAGUUUGACGUUCACAUCCAGAAGAUCGGUAGCACCUACAAGGCGUUCAUGAGAAAAUCCAUUUCCGGCAACUGGAAGACGAACCAGGGCUCGGCAAUGCUCGAGCAGAUCCCGAUGACGGAGAAGUACAAAACCUGGGUCGAUGAGGUGUCCGAGCUGUUCGGUGGUAUGGAGGUGUGCGGUGUGGCGGUGAUCGUCUCGAAGGAGGGCAAAGAGUUUAUCAUCAGCGCCGCCGACUCGACGUUCCCGCUGAUGGGCGACAGCCAGGAAGAGGAUCGCCGCCAGAUUGCGGAUCUCGUCGUCGGACGCAUGCAGAAUGUUUGCCGACCGUCCAUGAUGACGAAGGCCGUUUCGCGUAGUUCGAUCUCGUCGCGUGGCACUAGCCCAACGGAGGAUGCACCGCCGGUUCCGAUCGGUACGCGCCCGGUACCGGUCGGCGGUGGUCCACCGCCGAUUCCGGAACGUACCACACCCGGUGUCGGGUCGAUCGGGCGUCACGGUAGUUUUAGCAGCCAGUCGGGUGAGCCACCGGAGCAACCGUCCGAAAGGGCACCCACUCUGAACUCUGUGGGACGGCGCGAUUCGCAAGCAUCCCAAUCGAGCAGUGUGUCGGGCAUAUCGUCCGCUUCGGCCGCCCGUUCCGCUGCCGGCAAGGCUCCACCGGCGAACGCAACCGGCGCCCCGUCGGUGGUCGAGGACGCGGAGGAUACGAUGAAAAAUCUCCGCAAAACGUUUGCCGGCAUCUUCGGUGACAUGUAGGAUUUGGCUAAGAAGAAGAAACAGACCCGCGGAUCAAAUGACAUCAGCAGCACUGCCGGCAGCGCCACCGGUAGCAUCUUGAGCACACGCGAAAGCUCCAUCGACAGCGUGAUCGUUCGGCCGACCGAACCGACCGAGCCGAAGCCCAUCCUGUGCAAUGGUGCUCCCGGGCAACCACCGUACAGCAGCAGCACGGUCGGCGGCAGCAGCAGCACAACCAUCAUCACCACCAGCAACACGGCCGCAGUCACCGGCAGCAGUGUAAAUAAAGUCAAUGUUUCUUCUUUGGAUGGUACCAGCGCAUCCAGCAGCAGUGGCCAAAGUUCCAGCACGAACUCCGCGGAACCGAAGCGCCCGGCGUACGAUCCGACGCUGAGCGAGCGCAUCAAUCCCUUCGACAAGGACCGGAUCGCCGGUGCGGGGCGCGGCACCAGCAGUGGCAGUGGCAGCGACAGCAGCAUCACCAGCAGUCUGGCCAGCAACACAACUAGCAGUAAGAUCACAACCAACGACGACACCGAUCGUUACACUAUACAGCAAGGUAUCAGGGAACAACCAUCGCUAACCGGGCGCUUCCAGGCACCCGCCGGUGGAGGUCUCGGUGCAGCCGCCGUCCCAUCGCCGGUCACCCUGCCCGCCACCACCAGCACCUCAGCAGCAGCAGCAGCAGCAGCAGCAGCAACGACCGCUUCCUCCACUUCCGCCUUCUCGUCCUCCUCCGUUUCGUCCUUCUCCGUCGGCACGUUCUCGUCCGUGUCCGGCUCGUCGGGAUAUUCGAGCGCCACCAGCACCGGCUUCUCGACCCCGUCCAGCGUUGCACCGACCUUGAGCAGUGAGCAGAAGAAGCAGGAGUUUGGCCGCACCAAGCGCGCCUCGUCCGAUGCCGAAAUCAUCUUCGGAGAUCGUGGACCUGAUUUCUACAACAAGCGCUUCGAUCGGGCCGGUAGUCGCGGUGAGUUCCGGCAGCGCACCGAGUCACUGACGGAUGCGGAACUCAUCUUCGGUACCAGUGCGGUGACAGGACCGGCAACACCGCCCAUCACCGGUCCGGCUCCAUUCUCACCGGCGGCCAGUAGUCCCGCAACUACGGCAGCCCGGUAUGGGUCGUACGGUAGUCGGGACAGCACGAGCUUCAGUAGCACUACGUCCGAUUCGGAGUUUGUGUACGGCAGGAAGGAUCCGAGCGUACUAACCAAGAGCAUGUCCGUGGCGUCCGAUCGUUCGAGUGUGAGCGCCAGCAAACCCUGGACAAGAUCUACCCCGCGGGUAGACGACGAGGAGGAGUUCGAUUUAAAGUAAACUACUUGGCAUCUUAACGUUGGCAUCCUUCUUCAAUUCUGCUUCUUGUUCGCUGUUCGCUAUUUCCAACAAGUACUCCCCGGACUGGGCUGUCCAUCUGGACAACUCUCUCCCCACCUCCUUCCCAGGUCCUUCUGUAUGAGGGGGUUUCAGGCCCCUUGAUUCAUCCGCUCUCCACAAAGGUUCGUUGUCGAUCUCGAUUGCUUGUUAGGCGGUAAUGUUAUCUGAUAAGCUUUCUAAAUGUAAUACCACAUAAUACGCGGACAUAAAGGACACUAUACACUAACAUCCAAACACACACUCACACGAAAAAUACGCAGACCUGCGACUGCUCACGAGCACCUCAAAGUGUAUCGAGGAGAAGUCACUAAAUUUGCCUCUGACGUUUCCUGGUUUCAAACAAGCCGAUGAAGAAUGCAAACAGAUGGAACCAUCAUCUUACGCAACGAGCAGGGACGAAGGAUAUGGAUUAUCGAACAUCGGUUUGGUGGGUCGCAACAGAUUAAGGAAAGGGGGAACUUUGGAGGAAACUUCAACGUCCCGGUGGAAUGACACGAUGACACGACGGACGGACGGAGCAAUAAUGGCAGGACAAAUUAAACUCUAAGCGAUAUUCACUAAUGUCUAAGAAGCUCUCAUGGAGGUCGAACCUUAGUUUGGAGGCAUCGCACAAAAAAAGAUAAACGGGAGAGCUCGAAGGACUCAAAGGACCCUUACUAAGGUGCAAGAUUAAGGCAAAUGCUAUCUAUUACAUCUCACCACCGACACCAUUACGAGACCGGAGAAGAGCGAGAGAGAGAGAGAGCUAGAGUGUAAGCAAUCAAUUAACGACCGCAAAAGUAUUACGCUGUAUUGGUUCUGCUACCCUAUAUAUGUGGCCCAUGCAUAUCACGCACUUCUGCUGACUUUUUGUUGUUGAAGUAGUACCCUGGACGUCAUGAGUUUCUUCACUACAGCUACCCACUGUAAUACUACGACUGAUUAGACGUAUUGCUUUUGCAGCCGGAAUGAGCCAUAUAGAGCACACGCCACCACUGCUUAGACGUGUAGAGGACGGUGGAUGUUAUGUAUGUAUGCACACACACACUCAGCAGAUUGAUUAGACGUUCGGAGUAUGGCAUUAUCGUUAGUAGCUGGCACACAACAGAAGCGCACGGUUAGAUCGCUCACUUCCGGCUCACAAUUUCCUUCGUCCUUUUUGUUUUGGCGAUUCUGAGGCACCAAGCAGAUGCCAAAAACCCUCAACGAACUGCAUGGUUUUUUUGAGUUUAAUUGCUAUAAGACUCCUACCUACUACUGCUAGUGCUACUUAAACAAAAACUUCUCUCAAAAGUACUAUGUAUUGCAAUACGAUUUAACGCACUCACACACACACAGACACACCCAAAUAAGGCAUCAAAAAUAUCAAGUUGACUUAUGCCCAAGAUUCAGGAUUCAGGGCUAUGCGUAUGCGUGUGUGUGUGUGUGUGAGUGUGUAAUAUCCCCCCUCAGCCGUUAUACUCCUAAUCUCCCAUGUUUGAUGAAUGAAUGUUGUUAGAUUAAUAAUAAUUACAAUUACAAAAUCGUUCCCACAAUCGGUCGUCGGCUGAAGGGAAAAUACAGACACAGAAACAUCCACACACCUCAAACACAAUUGCACUACACCCAAGGAUGGUGUCACGAUCGUCCGAACGAUGGAAAAUGGCGCGCAGGAUACAACCAUCUCAUCAGUACAUUAAAUAUAUCAUAUGAAGACAAUAUAUUAUUAAGAUAUGACUAGUUGAUAUUUACAGAAUUCUACAAUAGAGAGAAGGAGGGAGAGACAGAGAGAUAACACACACAAAAAACGGACAGGAGAGGAGUUAAGUGUGGCUCAUGAGGACCGGCGAGGACUGAGAAUGCGAAUGACAACACAUUAAUCAGCAACGUGCAUAUUCUACAUCUGUAAUCGAAAACUUUAAUUAUUGAUGAUUGCCGGCCAUGAUAAUUACGCGCAAAAAAGCAAAAGAAAACUUAUUGACAAUUCCCCCGUUCGUAUUUGGUUCGAUGUUCGCGACGCGCUCUAUCACUCUUCUAGGCAGUUCUUCAAAUGACUCCAAACUCACUUAUUUUGUUCCUUAAAGUAUUAAAUUCGUUUUUUGAAUUUAAACAGCAACGGAUAUUGUAAGUUUGUGUAGUUUAUUUGCGUUCUCCUUAAGUAACUCAGAACCCUUAAAAAUCUUAUGUCCACGCAUCUCAAAACCCAUGGCAAUAGAGCACCAAAGAACAGUGAAUCCCGUGUGCAAGUGUUCUCGAUUUACACACAAUGCAUUUAAUAUAAUAAAAACAAAACUUAUCCAAUGUUGAACGCCGAACUGUGCUAAUACCUGUGCGGUGGUAGUAGGCGCAAGGAAGCAGCAGUUGAUGAUAUUAUCGUAUAGAUAAUCGUAGGUAAAAUGAAGCAUGUCGCAAAGAAUAUCAAUGUAAUAGUGUUGUUGUUUCAAACUCGUUACAAACCAAUCAAUUGCCCAAUUCCCCUAUGCUGAUGCAGACAGAUCACUUACGCAAAACCCGAUUCGAAAGCGGAUGUUAGAAUUAUGCAAAUAGACAACGAAACUGAACAAAAAGGAAUGAUGUUGUGUUACCAGGUGUUGGUGGAAAAUCUGCAAAAGCAAGCAGGAGGAGCUUCUUGGCAGUUAUUGACUUACUGAAGUAUUACUAUAAUUGUAUCGCCAAAAUAUGGAUCAUUUGCUCUACUGAGUUGCAUCCCCCAGUGUAUCUAUGUUACCGUACUAAACCGCUGAAACGUAACAAUCGUAUAUAUGUAUUUCAACCAAAUGUUACUGUUACAAUACACAACUACAAGCAUGUACUAACGCGGACAGAGCGUGUUCUUGCUAAAAUGCAUGUGCGUGUAUAAGCUAAACCACUUUCGUUUGGGCGAUGGGGCGAAAUCUAAUUAUUACUGAAAUUAUUCUGAAUACUGAAGAGUGAACGCAGGCUAAACAUAAUAUACACACAAACACACACACCGAUUCAGCAGCACUGGGCUACCAGCAAAAACCCAAACUAAACCAAACAAAAAUAUGAGACUUAUGUAGUCGUGCAAUGUUUCUAGAACAGUUGUGACACCUUAGCAGCUACAGGAUCGAUGUUGAUUACGUUAUUAGUAACCGGUACCGAAUAACAUAUGGGAAAAUCACAGAGCCAACCACAUUUCAACCACAAAACCACCACAAACCCACUCGCCCGCCCCACAUCAUAAACCACAUAAAUACUCCUACCGCAUACGGUGGUGCAUAGUCGUUUAGGCAAGGAUAACCGUAAAACCCAAAAUGAAAGUAAAAUUAAAUAUAUUAUAGCUAAAACAACCAAACCAAGCAAAUACCGAAAUGGAAGUUACGAAAAUAAA